GGCGCCUGCGCGGUGGCUGGGUGGCUCGGCGGGCGAGGAUGGGCGAGAGCUCGAGCCCCAUCAGCGUCAUCCUGGUCAGCUCCGGCAGCCGCGGGAACAAGCUGCUCUUCCGCUUCCCCUUCCAGAGGGGGCCCGGCAGCCCCGCCGCCCACACCGGUGAGGAGGAGCCGCUGCCCGGGACCCCGCGCGCCCGCGUUCACACGUGCACCACAAGCACACGCGACACCCUGACACGCGAGUGGGAAAACGGGGGGGGGGCUGGGGGCGACGCGGGAGGGGAGCCUCCUCCCUGAGAAGAGGUCUGGGGGGGGCACACAGCAUCUGCCAGGGAGGAUUUGGCUGGGGUCAGACUAGAUGACCCUAGGGUCCCCUCCGACUCUACAGUUCUGGGAUUCCGUGGAAAGGAGGGACCUUCCCACCCAGGGCAGAAUGGUCACUCUGCUCCCACAAGGAGCGGCCACGGCCACCGGCUUGGGGGCGCUGCAACUGUGAUUCAGAAUGGGGCGCGAGAGGUGGGGGCAUUGUAUGGGGCACGGCUGAAAUUCCAGACCGCCCAGGUCUCCUUUCUGCCCCACCUGCCUGCCUCCCCCCCCCCAAAGAGUGCCAACACGCUGCUAAGCUCCAGCAGCUCUGCCCUUGAACGCAGCAGGGCAGAAGGGGGCAAACUGAGAAGGAGCUGGCUGUGCCCCCCCCACAGCCUCCUUCCUGCCCCUCUGCCACUCCCAAAGGGCACCAGCCGCCCCUGGUCCUGCCCCCGCUGCCUGAGGCAGCCUCCUUCCCAAUCCGGCUGCUGCGCCCAGGUCCUGCUCGCUGGAAGACGCAGGAAGGGAGAGGGCUGUGGGGCCCAAGUCCUGCCCUGGGGGCUCUGCCUUGAGGCAUCUGCCCCCCAGCAAUACACACAUGGCCGCUCCGUGUCCGGCAGCUGGCCAGUUGGCCAUUAUACUCUCUUCUCUUCCCCCUUGGGAAAAGGAUCUUGGGAGGGCAGUUCCCCAGCUGAGGAGCACCCAGGGACAAGAAGAGUGUAAUAAAAGCCUGGGUUGCUGGAUCAGGCCCAAAGGGGCCCCUCAGAGCCUGGAAUCCUCCCCGCAGCCAACCAGAUGUCCCCUUUGGGCCCUCGCCUGCCUCCUGACAUGCCCUUUCCCUUCCAGCUGAGCUCUGAUAGGCAUCUCAGUUGAUUCUUGAGAUCAACCGUACGUUGGGCUCAAGCCAUGAGGUCCAAAGCGGCAACUUGAAUUGUGCCACAGGCUCCCAUUUCAUAUAUAGCUCAGUCUGGAUAGUUGGCCUAGGUGAAGAUUUGACGUUUAUAUCGCAAAAAGGUUUUUGAUUUGCGUUUCUACUGAAACGAGGCUGCAUUUUAAUGUUGUAUUUUAAUCUUGUUUUUAAGUUGUAUUUUAAUCAAUUAUUUUUAUACCUGGUGUUAGCCGCCGGAGCCCGGUCUUGGCUGGGGAGGGCAGAGUAUAAAUAAAAUUUAUUAUUAUUGUUAUCAUUAUGAUGAUUAUUAUUUGCUAAGAAUUAGGUGGAAGAGGUUUCUGCUCUAACCCAAACCUCUCCGGCCUUCUGGCCUUCCCCCCUUUUCCUUUCCUAGGGAAACCGAGAAGCAGGUAUGCCGUGAACAGUCUGGGCGACGGCGUCGAAGACCCAGAUGGAGACUCCAGGUACGUAGGGCUCCUGUUCCCUUGAGCGCCAGCCCUCCUGCUGGUUGUCAUGGGUUUGUGUAGAGAGCGUAAAAGACACCUUUGCACCUGGAACCUCACCAGGUGGGAUGUGCUGGAGUCCCAGAGCUCUGGCAUGUAGGGCAAAAGGGGCGUUGGCUGGCUGGCUUGGGGCUGCUUGGAUCCUGAUCAAAGCGGACCCUGACCAUCGCGGCUGGGGUGGGGGUCACCUGUGGCUCCGCAGGUGUGGCAGGGAGGUGUGGCUUUUAAUGCCGGGGUGUCUACCUUGACUUAUGAAAGAGGUCUCUAGCCAACCCAGGCAUAAGACUCUUGCAUGGGAAGUUCCUGCACAAGCCUUGCUUUAUUAUUUAUUCAUUUAUCCAUUCGUAUAUCGCCCUUCAUCCGAGGAUCACAGAGUGGUUUACAUUAUAAAAACACUAAAAUGCAUAGCGCAGUAACCAACAAAAACAAUUACCCCCUCUCUCCGGUUUCAAAGGCCAUAGAUUGUUCAAUUGGCCCUGGGAAAAGAGGAAUGUUUUUGCCCAGCACCUAAAGAUGCGUUGGUUGUUUGGUCCAAAAGAGAGCUGAGUUUCCUCUUUCCAGAAAACCAGAAAGUCAUUGCAGUGGGCAGGCCAGAAAUGUUCCCCUGAACCCUGAUGCUUCCAGAUAAAAUAACAUGAAAAGGCAAUAAGGGUCUUCCUCUCUCACUUCCCCUUGAAUUGGCAGCCAGGGAGUUUCCAGGUGAGCAGCAGGAUGAGCCUCCCGUCUCCGCCUGGGCUGAAUCAGGCCUCUGGGGCUUGUACUUGGUCACGUUUGUGAUCGCAGUUCCCCAGUCAUGCCGGGGCUGUGCUCACCUUCAGCGUGGGGCGGGGGGCAUAUCUGAAGGGGGCAUCUUGGGGAGAAGAGGAGCAUUGGUGGCAGGAAAGGGGCAGGACGGGGUUGGGGGGCUCCUGGAGCCCCUGAUGCAGCAGCUCCCCUGGCUCCACUGAUGGGGGAUAGGGAUAGGCUUGUGGGGGUUGCUGAAUCCUGCUGCAGAGGCUGCCUCUUGCACAGGACAUUAUUAUUAUUAUUAUUAUUAUUAUUUAUACCCCACCCUCCCCAGCCAGAGCCGGGCUCAGGGCAGCUAACACCAAUAAAAUUACAGUAAAAAUAUAAUAAAGGUAAAGGUACCCCUGCCCGUAUGGGCCAGUCUUGACAGACUCUAGGCUUGUGCGCUCAUCUCACUCUAGAGGCCGGGAGCCAGCGCUGUCCGCAGACACUUCCGGGUCACGUGGCCAGCGUGACGAAGCUGCUCUGGCGAACCAGCACCAGAGCAGCACACGGAAACACCGUUUUCCUUCCCGCUAGUAAGCAAAAACCAAUUUAAAACCAAUUUAAGAUACAGGUUAAAAUGCAAUUUAAAAUGCAGCCUCAUUUUAAGAGUAGCCCAUAAAUCAAAACCAAAACCAUAAGGGAAGGGAAACAUAAGGGUCAGACUGAGUCCAAACCAAAGGCCAGGCGGAUCAGCUCCAUCUUGCAGGUCCUGCGGAAAGAUAGGCAUGAAGGUUGCUGCCACUGUUCUGGGAUAGCACAGCCUGUCAGUGUGGGGAGACAGUGCCCCCUUGGGGGCCUUCAUCUGCUGGGCAGUGAUGCCCACCCAUGGCAUGGGCGGGGUUGCCUCCUGUGGCCCGAGGGUAAGGGGUGCCUAAUAAUAAUAAUAAUAAUAAUAAUUUAUUAUUUAUUCCCCAGCCACUCUGGGCGCCUUCCAGCAGAAUAUUAAAAUACAAUGAUUCAUCAAACAUUAAAAGCUUCCCUAAACAGGGUUGCUUUCAGAUGUCUUUUAAAGAUAAGGUAGCUGCUUAUUUCCUUGACAUCUGGUGGGAGGGCGUUCCACAGGGCGGGCGCCACCACUGAGAAGGCCCUCUGCCUGAUUCCCUGUAACCUCACUUCUCACAGGGAGGGAAUCCCCAGAAGGCCCUCGGAGCUGGACCUCACGGCUUUAAAGGGCUUUAAAGGUCAGCAGCAGCACUUUGAAUUGUGCCCAGAAACAUCUUUCAGGACGGGUGUUGUGGUCUCAGCAGCCACUCCCAGUCCCCAUUCUAACCCCAGCCAGGCUUUCAGGGUGUGUUUCUCCCUUGAGGCGCUAGGCAAGGGCUCGUUCUCCAAGGAGCCUUUAUUUAUUUCAAUAUGUGGACAGUCCCCUAACCUCCAGCUGCCCAGUUUUGCAGCGUUGACGUUUUUGUGCCUUGCGUGACUUUGCCUGGUUGAUUCUUGUGUUCUGUUUCCGCGUGGUGCUCAUAGCCCCUGUUCCUGUUUUCAGAGAGCCCUGUCCGCUCACUGAUGAGCAGGUGGUGUCGGGGUAAGACCAAACCUUCUCCGCCAGCAGCGCCUCUCUCUCUCUCUCGAAUGGCUUCCCUGUCUCCACCAUCUUCUCCUUCUCCUCGCACUUUGUUGCUCACUUCUCUUUCCCACCAAGCUGCAAAUGUCACGGAACCACACGCUGGUACGCAGGGAGGCCGGCAAAGGGCCUGAGAAACAGGCAGGUCAGCCAGGAAGGAAAUUGUUGCUCAGGGUCCCAGACCCCAAGGGCAGGGCUGGGGGGGAGAGACCCCCUGUGCCUGACACCCCUGGACUACACGGCCCAUCAGUCUGACCCAGGAGAAGGCUGUUGCCUGCGUUUCUGAAGGCCUUUCUGCCCCAUAGCUGGAAGAAACAGCUACGCUGUGCUUUGCAGUGAGUGGGGAACUGAUUUUUCCACGGAGACAAAAAGGUCAUGUUUUCCCUCUGAAGGCAUUUGGGGGACACACUUGUCUGAAGACUGGCUGCUCUGCUCCAGUAUGCAGGAUGCAAGCUGACCGGCCUGCAAUGCAGACAGUGUGAGGCUCCUGUCGCCCUCCUUUUGCCUCUUCGUGACAAAUGGUCCUGGCUCCCCCCCCCCCCCGGGGGUCCUCAGUUCCAGCAGACUUGCACAGGCCCCAGCCCCUGUGAGGGAAGCCCCUACCGAGGGGGAAGCUCAGAGGGACACAGUGCAGGUUUGGCCCAGCCUCCCGUUUCAGAGACUCAGUGAGGGUUGCAGCUGUGGACCUCCGUCAGGGUAGGGUGGCUGGGAGUUGACUGAGCGGCGCUCCUGCGUGUGCCACGCGGCUUUUGACCUGGGCCCCCCGAAGCGGCCCCCGGCCCCGUCUGCAUUCCCUCUGCCGCUGGGGGAGGCUGCCUCCCAGUGCUCAGAGCAAUGGGGCAUCCUUCAGGGCUGUGGGGCUGGAGCAGCCCAGGAGGUUUUUGCUCCCUAGCCCCCCUGGCCGCCCUGUUCUGAACAGCUUCUCAAUAAGCUGAUGGCUUGAUGGCUGCUGUCUCAGAGCACUGCCUGCCCUGAAGAUGCUUGUUUAAAAUAAAAUACUUUGUGUGCCUUUAAAGCAGGUUUGCCUUUCUGUAGCUGCUCAAAGAGGCCGUCAAGUGGAUUAAAACAAAGUCUCCAGCUCUGAAUAAGCAGAUGAGCUCUUAACAAUAGUGGGAGGUGGGGAAGGGAGCAAUAUUCUCCUCUGCAACCCAAGAAACCUUUUUUUUUUUUUUAGUUCAGUCACUUUGGUUCUCUGCUUUCAGAGAAAGGUUGGGGGUAGGCGCCCCCAAUGCACAAUUGCUACUCCUCUGAAAAGCCGCUCAUUUACUCAUUUACAAAGUUUUUGGGCUUCCCGUUGCCAGAACAGAGGAGUGGAAGUGAUCUGUGCGCCCCAGAUUUCAAGUUUGGCUUCAAGUAUUUUCUCAAUUUCCAGAGGGGUCUCAGCAGCCGUGUGAUUACGGUUGCAGCAAAAGCGGCAGGGAGUCUUUUCUGGGUGGUAGCAUAGGAAAGGCACUGUGGUUCUCCAGCGGUUUGACUUUUCACCUCCAGAGGCACACUCCAUUGUCCCUCGAGACAGAUGGAGGCCAUCAAGUGUUUGGAAACGGAGGCCAAAGCAGAAUUUGCCCGUUUUCCAGAUGUAACAAGACUUUGUUGAGCUUCUUGCUGUAGCCACUUCUCCACUCGCUCCCGGGUCAUAUUUCCAUGCAGUCUUGUUCCCCCCACAGCAGGCCUGCUGUCUUCUCUGAUGCCUCUGGUUUUGUGCAUGGACUCCCUCGGCUGCGUUGUGCAGCCUACUUGAUCACUUCUGCCGGGGCCGAUAAGCUGGCAAUCUCUCCCGGCCACGGCCCCUGCAGCUGCUGCCUGCACCCAGGGCAGGGUAAUCUUUCUGGGUGAAGCUGAAGGGCAAAGAGGGCCAUAGGGCACAGCUUGUUCCAGGCCUCACUGUCUCCCUGGCGCCCGGAAGUUGGCCUCCUGGCAGCUGUGAGAUGGGAGAGCAGCAGGCAAGACCCCCGUUGACCAGGCAGGUUUGCUGCUUCUGCCCGCAGAGCUAGUUUCUUUUUGAGUCAUCCAGGCAGAUGCUGACGUGCCACCUUUACAGUUUCAUGCCUUUUCCCCAAAGCUGAGCAAGCAGCAGCUUUGCAGAAUAUCCCCUUUGGUGGAGAGAUGUUGGAAGGUUCAUAGAGUCGUAGAGUGGGAAGGGACCCCCAAGGGGCCAUUUAGUCCACCCCCUGCAAUGCAGGACUCAAACAUCCCUGACAGAUGGCCAUCUGGGACAGACAAAAGGAAGUCCUUCCCCGCCCCCCCCUCCAAAAAACCUGCCCUUCUUCAGAGAGGAUCCUUCCUUCUGGGGAACUUCAGGACUUUGCAGGCCACACAUUUCCCUCCCUUUCCUGAUGAACUUUGCCCAUGCAUAAAUGCAUCUUUUCCUCGACAGAAGGAAAUCUGGGACACCGGCAGGGGGAGGAGGGCUUCUGAGUUUGGCCCUGGCCUGUGGCUCCCAGCUGCAGACGGGCCCUUCUGGCCCCCCCAAGACCUAAAGCUCUGGCGUCUCUGGGAGGGGGCCCUGGGGCUCAGCUGCUCCCCCCGCAAACACGCCUGAGGCAGGGAGCAGAGCUGGGCACACCUGCCCCUUUGGCCCAGGGAGCCCUUUUUCACAGGGAUGGGCAGUCGGUGGCCCCCCCAGGUGGUGCUGGCACCCCUGACCAUCGGAAGGCGCACAGCUGCCUCCUGGUCCCCUGCUCUGGAGCAAAGCCCCAUUGCGCUGCCUGUCCUCAAGCGACCUGUCCGCCACACCUUGCUGCUUAGGGGAACCUCACCUGUCCGGCGCCUGCAAACUCUGCCUAAUCUUUCCUCCUGAGAGCUUGUCAUUAACAAAAGUUGCAUGAGCCUCUGACGCUUUCCCUCUCGAUAUAAUUCUGAUGAUUUGAAAGACGGUGAUCUUUGCGGCAUCUUAAUUUCCCCCACCUGAUGGACUCCAAGGUGCCCCAAUGUCUCGUGGGUGUGUGUGUGUGUGUGUGUGUGUGUGUAGACUUAAUGGUGACACAAUGCAUACCAAUUCAUCCCGCCUCCGGGACGGUGUGGGGCCUGCGCAAGUGCGUUUCUGAUGCCCGUUUCUGCUCCCGAAGGUUCUCAGACGUCAUCCUGGCAACGAUCCUGGCUACCAAAUCGGACAUGUGCGGCAAGAAGUUUGAGCUGAAGAUCGACAACGUCCGUUUCGUGGGACACCCCACCCUGGUUCAGCACGCCUUUGGGCAGGUAGGCCCCGCGGGCGCCAGGGCAGCCUGGGCACAGCCUGUGAGUUGGGUCCCUCUGCUGCCCCGGCCCCUUUCCUGAUGGCUCAGCUGGCCAGUGGUGGGCUGGGAGGGGGAGCUCGGAGCAGCCCUGGAGCAGGCCUGGGGGGCCAGCUGCAGUCGCCCAGUGCCGUCCAGCCAGAUUGCCCCCCAGGUGCCCCCUCUCACGCUCUGCUUUUGGGCCUGCUGGCCGGCCCCCAGGUGGCCCUUUCUCCCUCCAUAGCAUCAUUCAGUCCUUGCCCUGACAUCACCUCCUCUCCUCUCUGGGGAGCUGAACCCUUUCCGGCUCUCCUUCCAGGGGGGAGUUGUGUUUCCACGCUUGCACUGCACUACCCUGACCCGUGUGGGUGCUUUCCUGGGACCUGUGUCUGCCUCGACUUCUGAACUGGCCUGCCAAAUUUGGAGGGGUGCUGAGUUCGAUCACGAGGAGUCGGACUGGUACCCCACAGUUUGUAAUGCGGCUGCUGGGGGUCUCGGAAGCUGAGCCAGAGCACAGGGACAGAGGAAGCUGCCUUGUUCAGACCCUUGGUCCAUCUAACCCUAUAAUGCCCGCACUGACUGGCAGCAGCAGCAGCAGCUCCCUGGGGUUUCAGGCAGGAGUCUCUCCCAGUCCUCCCUGGAGGUCAUGCCAGUGGGGGUUGAACCUGGGACUUCUGCAUGCCCAGCAGCUGCUCUGCCACUGACCCUUGGAGCGCUCUAGGAAAGGCCCGGCCAGGUGGUUUCCAUAUUUCCCCCCUUAAAAACAACAGCUCUGCUCUUAGUGGGGGGGGGGGACUGCACAGUUCAGAGUUGGAGAGCCUCCUGGGCAGGGGUCUCCUUGGUCCUUGUCCUGCAGCCGCCCUUGGGGUGGAGACAUGGGUGCCAAAGGGGGGGUCUCAGUCUUCCGGCUCUCCUGCGCCUCCUUGUGGUGACAUGCAGACCCUGCAAAGUCCUUUGGCAGCUGCUGCAAACUUUGCUGGGCUUCUCGCAUCUCCCUUCUGUUUGUGAAGCCCAGAGAGUCCUUCAAAAUGAGGUGGGAGGGCUGGUGGCGGCUAGGGCUCUGCAUAUGCUCAGAGGCACUUGCCCGCCCCUGUCCCUGAGCACUGGGAAGAGGUGCCGAGCCUCUGAUUGGAUCAGGCCUCUAGUAGGCUAAUGUUCGUGGGCACAAACCCCAUGCAGGCCAGGGGAGGGAGCAGCAGUAAUAAUAAUAAUAAUAAUAAUAAUAAUAAUAAUAAUAAUAAUUUAUACCCCACUCUGGGCAGCUUCCAACAGAAUAUUAAAAACACAAUAAAACAUCAAACAUUAAAAAGCUUCCCUAAAUAGGGCUGCCUUCAGAUGUCUUCUAAAAGUCAGGUUGUUGUUUAUUUCCUUGACAUCUGAUGGGAGGGCGUUCCACAGGGCGGGCGCCACCACCGAGAAGGCCCUCUGCCUGGUUCCCUGUAACUUUGCUUCUCGCAGUGAGGGAACCGCCAGAAGGCCCUCGGAGCUGGACCUCAGUGUCUGGGUGGAGCGAUGGGGGUGGAGAUGGGAGGGGGGGUCUCCCUUCUCCCUGGCAACCCCUGUUCCUUUUCUUUGGUUUCUUCCUUGCCUCCAGGCUGCCUCCUCCACACAAGCCCAGGGAGGGGCCACAGCCAGUGGGAAGGAAGACCAGGCUAGCAAGCUUUGUGGCUUUAUUUGAAUGAUGGAUUGACUCCAUCUCUGCCUCGCCUUUUCCUCCAAGGAGGGGGCCUGUGUGGUUCUCUCCCCACCUGCUCAUUUAAUCCCCACAACGACCCUGUGGGGUAGGGGGGGCUGAGAAGCAGGGACUGGUGGGAGGGAGAGCCUACCUGAAGCCCUGCCACCUGGACCAGCCGCCUGAUUCCCUAGUGUACAGCAGCUUACGCCCCGUGAGGGUGAGGUAGUCCUGCAGCCCCCCCAGCCCCCCCAAGACCCUCCUUGCCAGAGGCUGCCCCCUCCCCUCUCUUGGCUGCCCCCUUAAAAGUCCGGCUUGCUUUGCAGAUCUCCAAGACAGACCCCUCCCCAAAGCGGGAGAUGCCCACCAUGAUCCUCUUCAAUGUCGUCUUCGCCUUGAGGGUAAGGACCUCCCUGCCUCCGGGUUCUGAGCAGCCAGGUCAGGGGGCACCUGCCGUUUCCUGGGGGUCAGAGCCCAGGCGUGGGGGUCACCCCACAUGUGCUGCAAAGUCCAGUGAGAAUGUGGGGCUGGCUUGGGGGGGGGUGCAGCAGGCCCCUUGGCUCUUCUGCAGGGAUGUGUGCCAUCGAGGGUCUCCAGGCUGCUUGGGGGAGCCUGAUGGGGGGGGCCCACCCCAGGAAAGGCUUUGGAGCCUUCCUUGCUUCUGCCACCCCCCAAGGGCCUGCCUGGGGUUUGGGUGGGGCAGGCGGGUGGGGCAGGCAGAGGCCCCGGCCUGGUAAUCAGCGGAGGAGCAGCUCUGUGACUCAGCAAGAGCUCUGAAAGCUGAGUCACGGUUUGCGGACCAGGGUGGCAAGCAUUAUCGGCAGCCCGGCCCUCCUUAACUGGGGCUUGGCAGCCGCCUUCCAGCCCCCUCCGGCUUGCCUCUCCAGCCCCACCUUGCCAGCUGCGUGGGGCUGAUAGCAGCCUCCACCUGUGGGUUAGGGGGAGGCCUGAGCAAGCACCUUCGUGGUCUCAGGGAUGGGAGCUCUCAGGGUGGACAGCAAUGGGGAGGCCCUUUGGCCGGUAGCCCAGGCAGUGGCCUGUGGGUCAGGGACCCAGCUCCCACCUCCCCGAGGCUGAGGGCAGGCAGGGGGGUUGCACAGCUGGUCUGCUCUGGUCUGCCCUCCCUCAGGACUGGGUCGCCUUGGGGGGGCCCAGAGAAAUGGCUGGCCCACAGCAGGUGGGGCUAAGGGGCAGCCGCCAUGAUGUAGCAAAACAGGAGCAUCACUGGGAGCUUCAGGGCAGAUCAAAGAAAGUCAUCUUUAAGGCAGGACAGAGUCAACUAUGGAACUCACUGCCACAAGCUUUCAAAGAGGAUUGGACAAAUUCCUGGAGGAGGAGAGGGCUUCUCAUGGCCCCUAGCUCUGCCAUGUUCCUGAAUCCUGAAGAAGAGGGCUCUUGGGCCCUGAUCCUGCUUGCUGGUUCCCCACAAGCGCCUGGUGCCACUGUGAGGGUAAAAUCCUGGACUAGAUGGGCCGUGGGCCUGAUCCUGCAGUUUUAGUGUUUUUUGGCUUUUUUGCCAAAUACAAUUAAGCAAGUAAACAUGCUUAAUUAGAUCAUGUUGUGGGGCAUCUGAAAGCUUUUUUUUUAUUUUGACUAUCUGCAAAUUUAUUUGUUAUUUCAAAUUAAAAUUUUACAGGUAUAUAUAUCAAACAUAAAUCAUACAAACAAGAUCCCAAGGAAUCUCCUUGACUUCCAUCCUCCCCUUUGUGGGUCCUAAUUUAAUCAUUUCCUCCAUCUUUUUUGAUGAUCCGAAUCUUUUACUUCUCCAUUGUGUCCAAAAUUUGCCCUUAAACUACAAGUGAUAUUCCAGUCCUACUAAUGAUUUUAACUCUUUACAAUGGUCUCUCCCCAUUCCUCAUUAAAUAUGUUGUCUUCCUGAUUUCUGAUUCUUCUGGUCAUUUUGGCCAUUGCAGCAUAGUCCAUCAACUUCACCUGCCAUUCUUCUCUCGCCUUCUUCCCAUCUCUUGUCUUCUUGAAGAGAACCAGGCAGAUGGGUUAAUUUGCAGCUAAAAGGACCCAAAGGUUCUGACAGGCUUUUGCGCACAUAAAUGUGAAAACCCCAAAACAGAGCCAGUCCUGGGCUCCAGGCCAUGGCUUCCCCCAAGUCCUCUGGCUGAGCUGGUUGGGCCCCUUCUGUCCUGCGGCCAGACUGCCCUGCCUGCCCCCUUCCCAGCCACCUCUCUCCCCCCGUCUCCCCCUUAGGCCACCGCGGACCCCUCAGUCAUCAGCUGCCUGCACAAUCUCUCUCGCCGCAUCGCCAUUGUCCUCCAGCAUGAGGAGCGCCGCUGCCAGUACCUCACGCGAGAGGCCAAGCUCAUCCUGGCCAUUCAGGACGAAGCCUCUGCCAUCUCGGAAAGUGAGUCCGGCCGGAUCCGGGGGCCGCAGGGAGCCCUUCUCCUGCUUGCCCCCCACCCUCAGGCCAGGCAUCUGUCUGGCCCUCGUGGGCUCAGCUGGGGGGGUGGGGGCUUUAUUAUUAUUGAGUUAUUAGAUUUGUAUCCCGCCCUUCACCCAAAGAUCACAGGGUGGUUCACAACACAAAAACGCCCUGCCUGCUGUUCGUGGCACUUCCAGCGGCCAUGGGGGGGGUUGGCAUGUCCAUUUGGAGCUGGGGGGGGUGAGGAGGUUUCCUGGGGAAGCCCUUUGAAGGCCCCGGAAGCCACACCUGGCUGUUGUUCCCCUCCUCCAGCGCCUGAAGGGCCCCAGUCGCCUUUCCUCCACAUCCUCCCCAAGUGCAAGCUGGCCAGAGACCUGAAGGAGGCUUACGACAGGUAAGCAGAGGCGGGUGGCCGUCUGUCAGUUAUGUAAGGAGUCUCACCGUGGCAUUCUGCCCCCGCUGGAGUUUCUGGGUCAGUCUCAAGGGCUGCCUGCCUGGGCCUUUUUGCAGCUUUCCCAGCUCUGCAAUACCCUUUUUGCGGUGAGGCAGCUAGAACUGCGCUCAGUGUCCUAAGCACAGGUCACUCCCUCCCUCUCUGCAGUGACGGCUGCUGCUGUGGGUCUCCCCUGACAAUGCCAGGUUCCAGAUCCUUCUGAUCUUGGACGAAUCCUGCUGCUUGCUUGGGUCAGGCUCACAGCUGCCCAGCGCCACCUGGCGGCCAUCGACGGGGCUGCAGAGGGAGCUGCGGCUGGUGGCUCCUGUUCUGUAUUAUAAAAAUUCAGCCAAACCUCGGUUGUCGAAUGUAAUCCAUUCCGGAAGACGGUUCGACUUCUGAAACGUUCGACAACCGAGGCGCAGCUUCUGAUCAGUUGCAAGAGCUUCUUGCACUCAAGCAGGAGCUGCGUCGGACGUUUGGGUUCCAAAAAACGUUCAAAAGCCCGGAGCAUUUAUUUCUGGGUUUCCUGCAUUUGGGAGCCAAAACGUUCGAAAAUUGAGCCGUUCAAGAGCUGAGGUUUGGCUGUAACAGUUUUAUUAUUUGUACCCCUCCCACCUGACAGAGUUGCCCCAGCUGCCUUUGGCCCAGCCAGCGUGAGAGAGGGGGGCUGUUCCUUUGAGUCGAGGGUCAAGCCCUUUGUCGAGGGGGCCUGCGGCUCAGUCCCUGCCAGGGCUGGGGGCUCUGGGCCACGCGGCCUCUUCCACCUGCUCUCUGUCCCCCGCAGCCUCUGCACGACAGGCGUGGUCCAGCUGCACAUCAACAACUGGCUGGAAGUGAGCUUCUGCCUGCCCCACAAAAUCCACUACGCUGCCUCUCGCUUCAUCCCUCCGGAAGCCAUUGAGAGGAGCCUCAAGGCCAUUCGGUAAAGACCGGGUUGUAAUAAAAUGGGGGGGGGGUGUUGUGCUGCUUCCUGGUCCCGGAGCGCGUCUGGAUCUGUGCUUUGGGGGGCAGUGGGGUGUCUCUGCGAUGCAGGAGGGUUUGCCUAGAUGACCCUGGGGAGCCCCUUGCAGCCCUGCAAUGCCGCGAGUGUCUGUGUGCCCCCGUCUCCCCCCCCGCUCAGGCCGUACCACGCCUUGCUGCUGCUGAAGGACGAGAAGGCGCUUCUGAGCGAGCUGCCGCUGGACUGCUCCCCCGCCCUGGUGCGCGUGGUCAGGACCACCUCGGCCGUCAAGAACCUCCAGCAGCUGGCCCAGGACGCCGACCUGGCGCUGCUGCAGGUGAGGGGGAAGGGGGGGAUGUCCUAAGACUCUGGGGGCUGCCGGCAGAAGCGCCACCCGCUCCUCCAUUCUGGGCUGGGUCCAGCAAGGCCUCCAGCCUGCUCCCUGGCCAAAGGGACUCUCCGCUUUGACUGCCGUUAUCCCUGCAUUGCAGAGGGGGUCCUUUCCAACGCUGUGGUUCUGUGAACGCCCCCCUCCCUGGAUGCCCCAGUGGUAAUCCCAGGGGCCUCGGAGGCCACUGAGGCAGCAGCUGCUCUUCCCCACCUUCUGCUCUGUGUCUCCCUCAGGACUAGUAGCUCAGAUGCCACUGUUGCCCGGAGAGGUUGGCACCUCGACUGAGAGGCUUCCCCCCCCCCAAGCCCAGAGCAGUAUCUCCUCCUCUGACCCCGGUCGGCACCCACUGCUGCCCCUCCCUCGCUGCUGCUGUUUCUUCUGUGGGGCUGGGGGAGGCUCUGUUCUUGGCCUGGAGCAACGCCUCUUACCUGGCUAUCUGGAAAAUGGGGAGGGACGUUGCUCAGCCCCCUCCUCACUCAGGGGGCCUUGGGCCAACUCUCCUCAAAAGUGGAGCCGGUGUCCCCAAGUCGACAAGUGAGAAAAGCAGGUGGGACCCAGGAGAUUCCCAUGGGGGGGGCUCUUUUGUGGCUGGAGGAGAGGCCAGGCAGUUUCUGAGAAAAAGGGAGACUCCCUAGAUGUGACCCCGAUCCAGGCCUUUUCUCCCUGGCGAAGCAGCUUCCUCCUGCCGCUUGGGCCCAGGAACCUGGGGAGGUUCUGCUGGUGCCGAGUGCGAGUCUUCCCCUUCCCUCCCUGUGGCAGGUGUUCCAGCUGGCAGCACACCUGGUCUACUGGGGGAAGGCCAUCAUCGUCUACCCGCUGUGCGAGAACAACGUCUACAUGCUGUCUCCCAGUGCCAGCGUCUGCCUGUAAGUCUCUGGGCAUCCAGCUCUGCCGAGUGCGAAGCAACUCACACCUGUCCCCUCCCCUCCCCUGAUGCUGGCCUCUGGGGAGGCUGGGGGGCUCAUGCAGAGAGACCCCCCUGACCUCCUGCCUGCUCUGCCUCUCCCCCCACAGCUACUCCCCUCUGGCGGACGACUUUGCCUGCCAGUUCCCCGGCCACGACCUGCCUUCCGUCCUCUCCAAGUUCUCCUUGCCGGUGUCCCUGUCGGAGUUCAAGGACCCCCUGGCUCCCCCCGUGCAGGAGGUAAGCUGCCCCUGGCACCCCUCACCCAGCUGGUCCCUGGGCAGCCCCCGGGGGGUGGCGUGUGGCACCCCACUGAGCCCCUCUUUGCCUCCCCCCCCCGCCAGACCCAGCUCAUCCAAAUGGUCGUCUGGAUGCUCCAACACCGACUGCUCAUCCAGCUGCACACCUACGCCUGCCUGAUGGUGCCCCCCAAGGAAGAGGACGUCCGGCCCCGGGCGGAGGAGAUGCCCCUGGCGGCCAGAGUCGGGGGGCGCAGCCUCAGCACCCCCAACGCCCUCAGCUUUGGCUCCCCAAGUAGGUGGUGUGUGUGUGUCUUUUGGAGCCCUGCUGCGAAGGGGUCUGGGUCACUGAGUCUGUCUCCAUCUUACCUUUUGCCAGAUGCUCCAGAUGUUUUUCCCAUCAUACUUCUGGGCAUAAUAGGCUUUACUGUUUUUAUUUAGUUACCUUUAUACGCAAUAUGGAAAAAAAUGGAAAAUGAGAACACAAAAUGCAUAACCUAAUAACAAAUACCCCGAAAAGCUGCAAAGUCCCCCUCCACAAACAUAAGCCGUAGAUUUUUUUCAUCAGUCUAAGGCCUGGUUGAAGAGGGGUGGCAGUGGCAGCUGGGGGGGGGGGGAGCCCUGAGCAUUGCUCUCUCCACAAGAGGCACAUGCAUGCAUGCUCUGCCCAGGCUGCUCUUUGCGUCUCUCCCCCUUUGCUUUGGGGGCCUGGGGGCCCUCUCGUGACGGGCCCCAAGUGACAGGACAAGCGCCUGCCUCUGCUGGGUGUGUGUGAGAGAGGGUGCGCAUGAGCCCCGUGGGCAAGGGGGCAGCCGAGGGGGGCGGCCCGCUCCACGCUCCCUUGCGUCUUUGUCCCCCCCUAGCCAGCAGCGACGACAUGACGCUCACCAGCCCCAGCAUGGACAACUCCAGCGCAGAGCUGCUGCCCGGAGGGGACUCCCCUGUGAACAAGCGCAUGACCGAGAACCUGCUGACCAGCCUCCCGGAGCACGAGCGAGAGGCCAUCCUCAGCGUCCCAGCCGCCCACAACCCCGAGGACCUGCGCACAUUUGCCAGGUAGGCAGGGAGGGGGGCAGCUGCCUUCAAAGAAGGAAAGGGCCGGGUGGGGCGAUGGCUGAUUCUGCGAAGAAGGCAGAAGCCGAACUGCAGGAGUCCGUAGGGCGGCCCCAGCCAGGAUUUUAGUUAGGGGGGCAGAACCAGUGUGAUUUGUCAGUUAGUUAAGUAUUUCUGUUGUUUUACUUGAUCUGCCCCCCCUCUCCUGGCUACACCCAUGGCUUCUGUAAUUUGAAGACCAUUUCUGAAGGAGACCCUAAAGCUCACAAUGAGCAGCUGAGAUGAGCAGCCCCUGCCCUGUUGGCGCAGGUCGGUUCCAGCCCCUUCAGACCCCCCCUGCCUUUCUGCCCCCUGCACAGGGUGGGGGAGCUGCCCUUCUCCUCCUGACUUCUGGCACCUGCAGCCGUUUCUUCCUUUGGGGGGGGGGAGUUGCUCUGGGAGAGCGGAGAGAUCAAGGGGGAGGUUUGGGGGUUGCCCUGCCCGGCCCUUGCAGCUCUCCCGGCUGGGCUGGGGGGUCCUGGGACCAGCGACCGCCCUGUCUCGGGUUUCCCGCUGGGGGCUCCUUGCCCAGGCUGCAGCUGCUGCCCCCUACCUCUGCCCUCCUUCCCCCCCCCCCAGGCUUCUGCACUACUUCCGGGGGCGCCACCACCUGGAGGAGAUCAUGUACAACGAGAACAUGCGCCGCUCACACCUCCUGAUGCUCUUUGACAAGUUCCGGGGCGUGCUGGUGGUGACCAACCACGAAGACCCCGUCAUCUCCGUCUUCCAGUCCUUCCAGAAGUGAGGAGAGGCAGCCGCUGCCCAGGACUUUGAAGGAGGAUUGCUGGCCCUCGGGAUGGGGAAAGAAGGCACCCCCUUCUUGCAGCCACAUGGGGGGCAAGGAGGGGACUUGGGGGCCUUGUGCACAGACGCCUGAUUCGGUCACGCUCCUGGCACUGCCAGGCCUCAGGUGCUCCUUCUGGGCCUCUGCUGACGGCUGCAGACACAGCGAUCCAUCUGCUGGACACUUCUCUGGGGUGGGGGGGUGUGGAGAGCUGGGGGGGGGGGAACCUGUGUCUUGAUAGUUGCAGGCAAGCCUCAGACUGUUCACCUGCCAUUGCACAAUUACAACCACAUGCUGGAAAAUGUGAAAUCUUUCUCCUCUUAAGUCAGGGAACAAGUCUGUUGUGAAAGUACCGUCUCUCUUCCUCCCUGCCUUGACCCACAGACGUACCUUCCACACUUCUGAAGGGCAGCUGACCACUGGCCUGGCCUCCUCUCUCAGGCCACCUGAACUGGCCGCAUCCUGCUUGCUCAGUCAGGUGGCUCCUCUCUCUUCCACAAGGGGCAGGAGCAGGUUUAACAAAGGGAAUGGGGGGAGAAUUUGUUGGGGUGAUUCUGGUACCUCUUCCUAGCAGCGGAGGAACUCUUAUCUCCCCACAUCGUGGGGGGGGGGGUCUUCCUCCUUCCAAUUCUGCAUUUUGCAGGCAGCUCCUUCCUUCAAUACGCUGCAGGCAGGAAGGCUUUUCCGCAGCCACAACACCAGCCUCAAAGCAAAACAAUUAUUUUAUUAUGGAAAGAAAUAAAUUCACAAGGCUGAAAGAGUCCCGGCCUUCCCUGUUCUUCUCCCCAUCCUGGGAAGCCUCCUGACCCCCCAGUUCCUGGGCAUCAGCAGCAGGGAGAGGCCUCCGCUGGCAGCCGGCUGCCUCUGGCCCCCUCGGCCGCCUUGUCCGUCACGCUCACGCACGGGUUGCCCCAGACGUAGAAGCGCAGGGGCUGCUGUGCCCACUCGCCGCUGAUGCCAAUGCGGGGAGCGGAGAUGACGUCUUCCUCCCUGGGCACGUCCAGGCCGGGCUCCAGCCACACGGCCGGAUGGCAGGCCAGGUCCCGCUGGUCGAAGGUCUUGUCCACAGCCAGGGCCUGGCAGAGCUUGGAAGGCCCGUUGCACAGGUGCCGGUCCUUGAGGGUGCGGGGGGCCCCUUUCCGCUGAGCCAGGCGCAGCUCCCUCAUCGCCUCCAGGCCCUGCAGGGGCUCCAAGGAGCGCAGCAGGACAGCCGCCCCAUCCCCUGGCGAGAGAGAGAAGGGAGGGGGCAAAGGUCAGGGCAGGCCAAUCCCGGCUCAAGGGAUCUUUCGGAAGGGGGUCGCAAGAAAACCUCCCGUAUUCUAAUGCCCUUCUACCAAUCUAUGGGGAGACCAUGCGCCGUUGCUGUCAUCUCACCUUGAAAGGUGAAGAAGGGUCAGAAAGGGGCAACCAAGAGGAUCUGGAUGUUGCCUGGACCAGUUCCCUGAGGAGGAAGCGCUGGAGCAUUUAGGAAACAAGUGAGUACGGAGGGGGAUUAGAGAGGGGUACAAAAUUAGGCAUAGCGGGCUGAAAAUGAAGAGAGAGGCGUUUUCCUCCCUCUCCUGCCAUGUACUAGUAUGAGAGGGAGGAAAAUUAUUCUUAUUGAUCUUCUGGAAGUGUCAGAACAGACAAAACCUCACAUAAACCAUUGAAUUUGAUGGCCUCCAACUUGGAGGGCUUUCAAAGGGCAUCAAAUGCCUCUGAAUAUGAGAUACCGCGAAUCCCAAGUGGGGCCAGUUGCUCCUGCCCUUGGCUCCCGCUUGUGGGCUUCCCUUGGGGGGCCCUGGCUGGCUGCUGCGAGGGCCGGAGGCAGGACUGGGAUACGGCCCCUGGGGCAUGCACAGUCAGCCCCCUUCCCCUUCCCGGAAGGGAUGCCCUUGUCCACUGCCACAGGCCAGGACAUGGCAGCCGCACCCGACCAGGGACACUUGUCUGGGGGAGAGGGGCAGAAAUGGAGGCCACACCAUAUUCCCCUGGUUCAAAGAAGCCAGGAUCUGGGGGGGGGGGGCUUUCAAGCAACAACCACGGCUGGACCCCCCACCUUGAAGAAAGGACUAGGCUGCCUGGGGAGCAGAAAGUCAGCCCAAGCGCUUUGAUCUAAGCCUCACUCCUGUAUAUCUGAAGGAGCGUCUCCACCCCCAUCAUUCUGCCCGGACACUGAGGUCCAGCUCCAAGGGCCUUCUGGCGGUUUCCUCCCUGCGAGAAGCGAGGUUACAGGGGACCAGGCAGAGGGCCUUCUCCAUAGUGGCACCUGCCCUGGGGAAUGCCCUCUUGUCAGAUGUCAAGGCAAUAAACAACUAUUUUACUUUUAAAAGACAUGUGAAGGCAGCCCUAUUUAGGGAAGUUUUUAAUGUUUAAUUGUAUUUUAAUAUUCUGUUGAAAGCCGCCCAGAGUGGCUGGGGAAACCCAGCCAGAUGGGCGGGGUAUAAAUAAUAAAUUAUUACUAUUAUU